AAAUACUUCAUAAUGAACUAAAACAAUCAUUAUCUAAAAAAUCUCAUGAUAAUUCUAAAAAGCAGCUUUUAUCUAAAAUUAAUGAUGAGAUUAAUAAUAAUGUUGAUAUCUUUUGGGAAGAGGAAAUGGUUAGUGAUGAGGAAUUUGAUAAUACAAUAGAAGAAAUCGAUAUAGAUACAGAUAAUG